AUGGUCCACUUGAUGCACCGGUUGCUGUGGCCGCGGUGCCUCGCCCUGCCUGACGCCCAGGAGGAUGAGCUGGGCCGCUGCGUGGUGCAGGAGGAGGCAUCACCCUACUCUUUGUUCGACAUCUGCCUGGACGUCUUGAUCGCUGACUUGGAGAAGUGGUGUUCUAAAGGACCUGAUGGGACAUUGUGUUUUCCAGAGAGUUGGUGCUUCCCUCAGGAAAUAGCUGAUAAAUUCCUCGAGAGGUUGGCUUGGCAAGGCAAGCUGAGUGACAGAACAGCAAGCAUCUUCCAAGGCAAACAGAUGAAUCUGAAGGUGGUAAAAAUCCGGAAAGCUAAGCUCUCCGCAGCAGCCUUCACAAAAGCCUUCUGCCAUCACAAGCUUGUGGAAGUGGAUGCCACCUCCGUGGACUCCGAGCUUCUGGCCACUGACAUCAUCCACGCUCUCCAGAGCAGCUCCUGGAUCCAGAAAAACCUUCGCUGUCUUCUGUUAGACUCAGCCAGCGUCCCUCCGAACUCAAGACUGCUGGCCUUGGCUCAGUUCACCGGCAUUCACACUUUAAGUGUUGCCAACAUGUCCUUUGGGAGUGAAGACCUCGUUAGUGUGUCUCAGUUCCCAAACCUGCAAAGCUUGGAUAUCUCCAACACUCUGGUCACCGACAUCUCUCCCCUCCUCGCCUGUAAGAACCGGCUCAGGUCCCUCACCAUGCACUACGUGAAGUACCUGCUCAUGAGCAGCUCCAAAGUCAUUGCCGUCCUCAGACAACUGAAAUGCCUGCUCCACCUUGAUAUUUCUGACCAUAGGCAGCUCAGGUCAGACCUCGCUUUUUGUCUGCUGCAGCAGAAGGAUAUCCUGCCCAACCUCGUGUCCCUGGAUAUUUCGGGGGCCACCGACAUCUCCGACAAAGCUGUGGAAUCCUUUCUGCAGCAGCGGCCUGGGAUGCAGUUUGUGGGGCUCUUGUCCACAGACGCUGGUUAUUCUGAUUUCUUCAAAACAAAGCAAGGCUUGAAGGUUGCUGGAGGAGCCAACAUGAGUCAGAUCUCUGAAGCGCUGAGCCGGUACAGGAACAGGUCGUGUUUUGUGAAGGAGGCUCUCUACAGGCUCUUCUCGGAGACGCUCUCACUUCGUGUCAUCCUGCCUGCCACUCUAAAGCUUGUGGCUAUAGGAAUGAGGAACCACCCUUUGGAUCUGCCUGUGCAGUUCACAGCCAGUGCUUGUGCCCUCAACCUCACACACCAGGACCUGGCCAGGGGAAUGCCUGUUCGCCUGCUGUCAGAAGUCACCUCACUACUUUUCACAGCAAUGAAAAAUUUCCCCUACUACCAACAGUUACAGAAGAAUUGCCUUCUUGCCUUGACCAGCUCCAGGAUCCUCGUGGAUGUUCCAUUUGACAGGUUUAAUGCUGCCAAGCUUGUCAUGAAGUGGCUGUGCAGGCGUGAUAACCCCAAGAUGCAAACAAUGGCAGUGAGCAUCACCUCCAUCCUUGCCCUGAAGCUCUCGCCCAAGGAUACUGAACAGCUGCAGGAAGAGCUCCAUAUGGCAAUCAAGGAACUUCUGGCAAUAGUCACACAGAAGACGACGGAGAAUGCAGAUGACAUUCCCUUCUUGUUUACUCUGAAAGCACUAUGGAAUCUUACCGACGAGUGUCCCGUGGCUUGCAAGCACUUCCUUGAGAAUGACGGAUUGGCAGUCGUCACCCAGGCUUUAGAGACAUUCUCGGACCCUGGCACGCAAGGCAAAAUACUUGGUAUUUUGAACAACGUGGCGGAAGUCGGAGCGCUCUCUCCCACACUGCUGACAGAAGAUUUGACGGCCCACAUCGUCAGUUUGCUCCACAGCGGCAACAUAGAAGUGAGCUUCUUUGCUGCCGGUGUCAUAGCCCAUCUGACGUGUGACAGACAGCCCUGGCUAUCCCGUGACCUGCAAAGGACCCAGCUUCUCCAGGAGUUGCACAAAACCAUGCAGAAUUGGCCAAGUUCACAGUGUAAGAUGUCAGCAUUGGUGACCUACAGAUCUUUCAAAACAUUUUCUCCACUCCUUGGCAACUUCUCUCAGCCAGAAGUGCAGCUCUGGGCACUGUGGGCCAUGCAUCAUGUCUGCAGUAAAGAUCCUAGCAAGUACUGCAAGCUGUUGAUGGAAGACGGAGGCCUGCAGCUCAUGCAUGAUAUCCAGGAGCAUGGCCAGACCAGUGCCCAGGUGAGGCAGAUGGCAGCCUCCAUCCUGGAGGACUUCAGGAUGCACUUCACAGGCUACCAGAGACACCCGCAGCCCCAGCGCCCUUUUUGACCCCGGGGCCUGUGAGGGGAGCUGCUUCUUAAGGACAGGGCUUCUGCCUUUGGGAAAUGGAGUUUUGAAACCAGAUGUUGGGGUUUAUCAAUUAUUGGCAUUUAUCAUUUGACCAUCUUGGUGUGUCUUCUUGUUGCUUUCCUCUGUUGACGAAAGGGUUGGGUCCUGAGCCGGGGCAGUGGAGGAGCACUCCUUUAAUCAAAGCAGAGGCAGGUGAAUCUAUGAGGUUGAAGGCACCUGGUCUAUAGCGGGAGUUCCAGGACAGCCAGGGAUACACAGAGAAACCCAGUCUAAGAAAACAAAAAAAAAGUUUGGGUCGAAGAGUUCAGGGAGACCUUGGUAUUGUGGCAUUUCCGCAGCUGCUCCAGGCUGUGUGUAGCCUAGUCUGGCCUUGACCUCAGCAAUCCUGCUGCUUUGGUACUGGGGUUGCAAGUAUGAGCUCCCUCCCAUAUUCUGACAGCUUUGAUUUUCUUUCCCCCUUUUCCUCAUAUUGGAGGAGUGGGACCAUUGAGUGUAUAUGAAUGUGUAAGGCUGAAGGCUAAAGUUAGUGAAAAGAAUGCAUAGGAAAUUCUCAUUUGGUUAAUGCUAUGACCAAAGCUGGGAGAAAGAGGACAGGCCUCCAAAAGUCUUUGCAGAGUAUUUCAGUGGAUGCUUGUCCUAAUGUGGAUACAAAAGGUUUACGAGAACCAGCCCCAGCAGUAAUGAACACUGUCAGUAGUUUGUGUCCUGCAGAACUGUUCUGAGGAACGGUGUGGAUUCCUUCCUUUCCUUGGUGAGAAGUUGGAUUUUUUUUUCUUUGUUUUGU